AUGAAUCACAUUAAUACCCACAACAUCCUUACAGACUCACAACAUGGUUUUCGGCCCAGACGAUCAUGUGAGACCCAACUAAUCACUACACAUCACGACAUUGUACGACAACUAGACAGACGUGAGACCAAACAAGUUGACGCCAUACUACUUGACUUUGCCAAAGCCUUUGACAAAGUUCCCCAUAAAAGACUGACUCUUAAAUUACGACAUUAUGGGAUCACAGGACCAAUACUUCACUGGAUCACUGCUUUCUUGACUGGGAAAGACUAUCGCAAAUGUCCUUUAGACCUGAUAAAUGCAAAGUUCUCCAUUUCACAAGAUCCCACACACCUAUCCACUACACCUACACCUUACACAACCGUCCCUUAA